ACCGCUUCAGUAUUUUCUCCCAUUUGUCCUCCUUUCUCUCUCUACUCUCUCUCUAAAACCAUAUAAAACCAGGGAGAGAGAAUUGGAAAGUAAACAAAUACAAAAGCUCAAUUUUUAUUUCUGAUAACAAUAAUCUCCUUCAAUCAAUCAUUCUUCUUCUUUUCUCUACCUUGUUUGGAUCAGAGGCGAAGACGCAACUGCAGCUCUAACGAAAAGCGCCAACUUCACCAUGGUUGAAACCAGGCGCAGCUCCUCUUCCAAACGCGCCUUAUCCGCCUCCCCCCCUCCCAACCCCAAGCGCUCAAAGGCGUCUGAUGCUUCAUCGUCGAACAACGGAGUUAGGAGCGGGCCGCCGGCGGAGCCUUUGGGUCCGAUUAAGGAAUCUGGGUCUCAACCUCCGGAACUUGAGCUCCGAUCCUCUGAUCCGCCGACUAUCGAUUCGUUGAAGGCAAUUAACGGCCCUGAUGCCACUGCUCUGGAAAGAUCCCCCGAUGAUGUUGCGGAAGGCGAGGCCUUGGUUUCACCGCAGCCUUUGGGGGAAACUGCAGUCCGUGCCGGUUUGAAGCGGGCCAAGAAGCUUCCGAAGAAGAAUGCAAAAUUGAAUUCGAAAUCUGCUUGGGGAAUGCUUAUUUCGCAGUUCUCAAAGAAUCCGCACCAAUUCAUUUGUGAGACUGUUUUCACUGUCGGUCAAAGUUGUGAGUGCCAUUUAUGUCUUAAGGACCCAUCCAUUAGUACUACUUUGUGUAAGCUGAAACAUGUUAAGCGUGACGGUUCGUCCGCUGCAGAACUAGAGAUUAUAUGCGGUAAGGGUGAUGUUCAGGUGAAUGAGAAGACUUAUCAAAAGGACACGAAGGUGAUUCUUAACGGAGGCGAUGAGGUUGUAUUCGGCUCGUCUGGAAAACAUGCAUAUAUUUUCCAGCAGCUGACCAAUGACCAUAGUAUAGCUACUCAGGGCAUACCUUCAAUUAGCAUUUUAGAAACCCAGAAUGCUCCAGUUAAUGGGAUGCAUAUGGAGGCAAGAUCAGGGGACCCCUCUGCUGUUGAUGGGGCUUCAAUAUUAGCGUCGAUGUCAAAUGUGCCAAAUGACUUGUCACUACUUUCAGAACCUGCUAAAGCUGGCGACGAUCUGCAACAAGAUGCAGAGAUGCCUUCUCUUACUUCUGCCUGUCGAGAUUCAGAUGAUCGUACUCCAGACAUUGAGAUGAAGGAGACUACUAAUAUUAAUGAUCGAGUUUCAGGUGAUAAAAAUAUUGUUCAGUACCCUGACACUACGAAUGAAAACCCCAAUCUUGAUAGUGUUGCAUUGGAUAUGGAUACUGAAACCCAGAAGGCCUCUGGGGCAACUUAUCAACUAAGACCACUCUUCCGAAUGUUUACCGGUUCUUCUAGUGCCAAUUUCGACUUAACUGGCAGCAUUUCUAAGAUACUUGAUGAGCAAAGGGAAAUAAGAGAACUUCUUCACAAUUUUGAUCCUCCAAUGUUGAUAUCAACUAGGCGACAAGCAUUUAAAGAAAAACUGCAACAUGGAAUUCUACGUCCUGAUGAUAUUGAUGUCUCAUUCGAAAGUUUUCCAUAUUACCUAAGUGAAACAACAAAGAAGGUUUUGAUUGCAUCCACCCACCCGAAUUUGAGGUGUAGCAAGUUUGGAAAAUAUUUUUCAUCACUACCUACUGGGAGCCCGCGCAUAUUAUUAUCUGGUCCAGCAGGUUCUGAGAUAUAUCAGGAAACCUUGGCAAAGGCACUUGCGAAACAUUUUGGUGCUAGAUUACUAAUUGUAGAUUCUCUUCUCCUGCCUGGUGUUGAGGCACCACCGCCCAAGGAUUCUGAUUCUGUUAAAGAAGUACCAAGGCUUGAAAGAGUGUCCACAUUUGCGAAACGAGCAGCUCAUGCUGCUGGAUUCAAGCACAAGAAACCGACCUCUAGUGUUGAGGCUGAAAUUACUGGCGGAUCCACUGUGAGUUCUCAGGCACUGCCAAAGCAGGAGACUUCUACUGCAUCAUCCAGAGUCAAUACUUUUAAACAAGGUGACAGGGUCAAAUUUGUGGGUGCCAUAUCUUCUGGUCCUCAACCGCUGCAGAGUUGUCCCCUUCUAAGGGGACCAUCAUAUGGUUGUCGAGGCAAAGUUGUUCUUGCUUUUGAAGAAAAUGGGGCCUCAAAAAUUGGUGUUAGAUUUGAUAAAUCAAUACCAGAUGGCAAUGAUCUUGGUGGUCUUUGUGAAGAAGAUCACGGCUUCUUUUGUUCUGCUAGUCAUUUACUUCCCUUGGAUGUUUCUGGAGGUGAUGAUAUUGACAAGCUUGCAAUCGGUGAACUUCUUGAGGUGGCAACCAAUGAGAGUAAAAGUCUUCCUUUGAUAAUGUUUUUGAAAGAUAUAGAAAAGGUUAUGGCAGGUAACCCAGAUGCAUAUAGUGUCUUGAAGAGUAAGCUUUCAAACUUGCCAGAAAAUGUUGUUGUGAUCGGCUCUCAUACCCAGUUGGACAAUCGCAAGGAGAAGUCCCAUCCUGGUAGCCUUUUGUUUACAAAGUUCGGCUUAAACCAAACAGCUUUGCUUGAUCUUGCUUUUCCAGAUAACCCUGGUGGUAGACUGCAUGAUAGGAGCAAAGAAACUCCUAAAACUAUGAAGCAACUUCAACUCUCUCGGAUUUUCCCCAACAAAGUGACCAUACAGCUGCCCCUGGAUGAGGCUUUACUUUCGGACUGGAAGCAGCAGUUGGAACGUGAUGUUGAAACUUUGAAAUCGCAGUCUAAUAUUGUUACCAUUCGCUCAGUUCUUAACCGAGUUUCUGUGGAUUGCCCUGACCUUGAAAGUCUGUGCAUUAAAGAUCUAGCGCUUACAACUGAAAGUGUUGAUAAAGUAGUAGGCUGGGCUGUUAGUCACCAUCUUAUGCAUUGUUCAGGCGCUUUAGUUAAAGAUGACAAACUUGUUAUUUCUACUGAAAGUCUUAGGGAUGGACUAAACAUUCUACAAGGCAUUCAAAACGAAAACAAGAGCAUAAAGAAAUCACUUAAGGAUGUGGUUACUGGAAAUGAAUUUGAGAAAAAACUUCUUGCUGAUGUUAUUCCACCGAGCGAUAUUGGGGUUACUUUUGAUGACAUCGGGGCCUUGGAAAAUGUGAAGGACACCCUAAAGGAGUUGGUGAUGCUUCCUCUUCAGAGGCCUGAAUUAUUUAGCAAGGGACAGUUGACUAAGCCUUGUAAAGGAAUCUUGCUAUUUGGUCCUCCGGGUACUGGAAAGACUAUGCUUGCAAAGGCUGUUGCAACUGAAGCUGGUGCAAACUUUAUUAACAUAUCAAUGUCAAGUAUUACAUCAAAGUGGUUUGGGGAAGGAGAGAAGUAUGUUAAAGCGGUGUUCUCCUUAGCUAGUAAAAUUGCCCCUAGUGUUGUUUUUGUUGAUGAGGUUGACAGCAUGUUAGGCAGACGUGAAAAUCCUGGGGAACAUGAGGUUAUGCGUAAAAUGAAAAAUGAGUUCAUGGUUAACUGGGAUGGUCUGCGUACAAAGGAUAAAGAACGUGUAUUGGUACUUGCUGCUACUAAUAGGCCUUUUGACCUUGACGAGGCUGUUAUUAGGAGGCUUCCGAGGAGAUUGAUGGUGAACUUGCCAGAUGCCCAGAACAGAGAAAAAAUACUGAGAGUUGUAUUGGCCAAAGAAGAUUUGGAACCUGACGUUGAUUUGGAAGCAGUUGCAAAUAUGACAGAUGGGUAUUCGGGAAGUGACUUAAAGAAUCUCUGUGUUGCUGCAGCUCACCUCCCCAUUAGGGAAAUUUUAGAGAAAGAGAAAAAGGAGAGAAUUUUAGCUUUGGCGGAGAACAGACCUGUACCGGAGUUAUACUGCAGUACCGACAUUCGUCCCUUGAAGAUGGAGGACUUCAAACAUGCGCAUGAGCAGGUGUGUGCAAGUGUGUCAUCGGAGUCGACAAAUAUGAGUGAGCUCCUCCAAUGGAAUGACCUAUAUGGCGAAGGCGGAUCAAGAAAGAAGACGUCUCUCAGCUAUUUUAUGUAGAAUAGGUAUUUUUUUCGGUGUAUAGAAUUUGGUUUUGUUGAUUCUUCUUUAUCGAGCUUAUAAGGCGUGGCAAGAUAUCCAUGGAAAUCCUGUCGAAGGUCGCGCCCCCAUUUGUACGAUAUAUAGGUUUUUUUUUCCUUCUAUAUUCGCCUUUUAUUCGAUUUAUAUUUAACACCUCUGUUAGGAAUGUCGUUCCCAGUUCAUAUGCAGUUAUCUAACUUAGCCUUUUCUCUUUGUUGUGGGUCCUUUUUUGCCUGUAAAUGCUAGUCGAUAAAUGAAAGACGUAUUACAA